GUCAAAUUCCUACCAAGUGCUACUUACGUGGCAUUGUUAUGGUGUGACACAUACGGAGUGAGCCUCCGUGUCAUUAGACGAUCUUCGCAAACAUCCAGCAGCCAAUCCGUACAGGACGCUAGGCUACACACAUCCGCUGACAUAUGGAGGGAUUCCGCCGCGGCUGGCUGCGGCAGUGUAACUGCUACUUGUCUGUCGUUGUCUGAACCGCCGGUCCAGCGGGUUUAAAAGAUGACUGGCUUCAUUUCAACGACUUCUUAGCCCCGAGAAACAUACAGACAGGAAGCAGUCAGGCAGCUAUCAGCUCUUGAUUUUAUUUUUUUAACCGCACGCUAACGGCGCACUGACAGCACAACAUCAGCGUCAGCAGUCGUAGUAAGGAACCGACAGGUAGCAUGUCUUUGUCCGCCGUUAAAAAGAAGCACGUCCGUUUCAGCAUGGAGGACGACAACGACGACCAGGAGGACACCCUGUUCGACAAAAGGAAGGACGCCAGGAGAGGGCUGAAGAGUGCGCUGAAGGCGGUCAAGAGGGCGACGAAACCAGGAUGCGACGACCGAGUGGAAGUGGUCGGCGGACACGGAGCGUGCGGCCGCUGGAUGGUCACCCUCGCCCUCUGCGCAUCUUUCCUGGGCUUGGGGAUGUGUAUCUCGGUUCUUGGCCCCACGUUCGAGGACCUGGCCGUGAAUGUGAAGAAGAACAUCAGCAACAUUUCUUACAUCUUCGUCGGCCGCUCUUCGGGCUACAUUGGCGGUUCCCUCUUAGCAGGCAUCCUCUUCGACUUCAUGAACCCCCACCUCCUGUUAGGGGUUUCUAUGCUGGUCACAUCAUUUGGAAUGUGUGCUAUCCCUUUCUGUAAGCAGGCUCUGCUCCUCGCUGGACUCAUGUCCCUCAUUGGGAUGUCUAUGGGCAUUCUGGACACAGGUGGUAAUGUCCUCGUACUGAACACGUGGGGGGAGCAGGCGGGCCCCCACAUGCAGGCUCUGCACUUCAGCUUCGCCGCCGGGGCCUUUGUGUCUCCGAUCAUCGCCAAGCUGCUGUUUGGGCCCGACGACGACAGCAGCAACAGCAGCGCAGCUUUCAUAGCAACCAGCUCGACCCCUCCCGUCACCACCGAACCAAACGCCAAAGCCCCCGACCACAGCAGGAGCACCACCCUCAAAUCCAUGUGGGCCUACGUCGUGAUUGGCUCUUUCGUCUUUCUCGUCUCCCUCCUCUUCUUCAUCCUCUACUGUCGCAGCAGCGCGUCACGCGACAAAGCCCGCGCGUCCUCAGGGAAGCCCCCGGUGGCCAAACGUCACACGGCUCUCGUUGUCCUGCUCUUCUUCUUCUUCUUCGCUUACGUGGGUGCUGAGGUCGCAUACGGCUCCUUCAUCUUCACCUUCGCCAAGGACUACGCCCGCAUGGCCCAGCCCGAGGCCGCAGGGCUCAACUCGUUGUUCUGGGGGGCGUUCGCCGCCUGCAGGGGGUUGGCCAUCUUCUUCGCGGCGUGCAUGUACCCGGGCACCAUGAUCCUGCUCAGCCUGGCGGGCUCCACCGUGUCCUCGCUGCUGCUCUGCCUCUUCAGCAGGGAGACCGCGGCGCUGUGGGUCUGCACGGGUCUGUACGGCGCCUCCAUGGCCACCACCUUCCCCAGCGGCAUCUCCUGGCUGGAGCAGUACACCACGGUGACCGCCCACACGGCGGCAGCUUUCGUGGUGGGGGCAGCACUGGGGGAGAUGGUGCUCCCCGCUAUCGUAGGCUUCCUGCUGGGGCAGUUUCCCGAGCAACCCUUGCUCAUGUACCUGUCGCUCGCCACCGCCACCUUCACCUCCAUCCUCUUCCCGGUCAUGUACAAGCUAGCCUCGGCCCCCAGCGGCCAGACCAGGAAGCCCCGCGCCAGGGGCCGGCCCGACGCAGACGACAGCGAAUACCGCCAAGCGCUGCUGGAUUCAGGCACCAACGAAGAGGAGGAGGAGGAGGAGGAGGAUCAGGACAACGAGGCCGAUCAGUGGAACGACGCAGACUUCGAGGUCAUUGAAAUGGAUGACACGACCAGUCUCAUCAGUUCCCCCAGCAAGGCCCCCACCCCCCCAGACGCCGCUGGUCUAACAGGGAGCGCCGCGGCCUCCAACAGCGUGGCGACGGGGCCUGUAGGCGGAGCCUCUUUCUCAGACACCGUCUCCCCGGUAGGAGACUUCCCCCAGACGCAAACUACUGCUCUCUCUGGACAGAGAGAAGAGAGACUGAACACCCCCCCCCACCACUGCUCUCUCACCGAAAACUAAAAGAGCCACAUCUCUGCCUGUCUGCGCUCAUUUGUCGUUCAUGAUUUACUGUGCAGUGAAUGCAACACUGACUACUGACCGAAACCUGUGCAGCUUAGAAACCAUCCAUCCCGUGUGCCCGGUGACCACACUUCUCCUGGACAACCAAGGAUCCGAUUUUGCACCGUACCGCUUACGCGCCAUUGCUCCCCUCCAAAGGGAGGUCAAAGGUCAGUGUGCGCUGGAGAACAGGUCCCUGCUGGUAGAAUUCAGCGCCUUGCUCGAGGACACAUGAGCAAAGAGGAUAAGCCCACCCUGCUGCCAAAAAGACGUUUUUAAAAAUGUAAAUGUGUUUUGCACUAUUGCAAUGAUUCAACAGCAGGACGCGUGUGUGUGACGAUAGUUGAAAGAAGUCGUUUUUGAUGCACUUUUGUAAAGAACCGAUUUUGGUUUCUUUAUUUUUGUCAUGUACUGUAAUGUGCUGUGGCUUGCGGAUCUCUAAAUCACGUGUUGUCACUGUGAAUCAUUAGAAUUUCCUUUUUAAAACAAACAAUCAUUGACAGAAGGCAUUUUAAUACAUUGACUUUUUAUUAUAUCAAUCUCAAACCUCCACCCACAGCAAUGUCCAUUAAAAACAAAAAAAAAAAAACACCUUUUUUUUAACUUUAUACAAAUACACAGAUUCUGUGUACAGCUGUAUGGAGAAUUGGAUCUUGACGUGGUUUGAUGACAGACUUUUUUUUGCACACAAAACCAUAUAUGCACAGGGAAACAAUAGACUUCAUGACAUAAAUUAUCAAAAUACAGUAUUGCAACAGUCCCAGAUUUUUAGAGAAACUUAGUGUCCAGUUCCCACACUCUGUAGAUAAUGAACAUCAAUACAAUCAAGUUUAAAAGAAAUAUGAAAAAUGGCAUCCUUUAACAGAAUUCAUAACACAGAUUUGAUUGCAUUCAUGGCCGGAGCUGUAGUUCUUUUAAUGCUAAUGCACAGUGAGAUUACAGAAGGAGCUAUACAGGAACUAUUUUACAAAAAGAUGGCAGUCGAUAUAAAAAUGAAGAAAAGUCAAUUAGUGGUUUGUCUUGAGAUUUGACUUUAAACUGCUACAGCGCGUACGAGGUACAACAAGUCAUCGUAGGUCGGACCACGCUCAGUUCCAGGACAGGCCGUC